ACGUCGGCGGCGACGGCAAGAACCGAGAGGGCGAGGGAAGGAAGAAGCCCCGCGAGCUUGAUCCCACCACCACCGGAGUGGAUUCGGUGUCAGAGCCCCCAUCGGCGACCGGCAGCGUUCAUUCCCCCCUCCUCUCUUCCCCCUUUCGCAUCUUCUGUCAGUGGUAGUACCCUCGGUCUGCAUCGGUCGCGCGCUCUCAGGUUCGCCGGCAUAUCGAACAUCCACCCAUUGUCCGCGGCGCGCUAGCCGGCUAAAGAAGAGACGCGGAUCGUCCGUCGCAAGGGCGCCUUCACACUACGCCGUGAAAGGGCCCGUACACGCCUUCCCACGUGCGUUUAUUGCUGGGAACUAUAGCCGUCGUAGCCAUAUCGUUAUAGCCUGGCCAGACGGUCUCUGCCCCUCCUCUCCUAGCGCGGACGAGAGGGCCGCGUCUUCUACUGUUCCCAUCCUGUCUUCUACGCUGCUCUCGGCUACGAACCUGCCGUGUCCGGGGGGCGUUGCAGUAGCGACGAGAACAUCGUAUUUGCUUAUUAGCCUUGUCAUUUAGCACCGGCGUUUCUUCGACUCGGCUUCGGUCGGUGCCCCAGUGUAGUUCGUCCCACCGAACUGUCCCCAAAGCACAUCGAAGCGAGCAAGCAGCGAGCGAACGCAGGGGAAUCGAGAGACCAGGAAGCUUUUGGCGCGGACCUUGACUUGCAACAAGCCUCGUCUUCCAGUGUCGGCGUGGCCCGUGCAACGCCCACAGUCCAAGAAGCAAGCCCGCCGCAGAGCCGGUCAACUCGGAGCGUCGUCGUCUUCGGCCACUUCCACGUCGUUCCUUCGCAGGCAGUGGCGCCCUCUCCGCUUGCAGCGGGAAGUGUUCGACUGCGCCGAAGACAAAAGGAGACCCAGCCGUCCGCGGUUGCACCCUUACCCUUCGCUGCCGUCUCGACGCCCGUGCAGUUUCGUAUUUCCCGCCGCCGGCUGAAGCCAGUGACUCCCGUUGAAUCGAAGAUGUCUACGGGACCCCGACAGGGCGUGUUCCUGCUCUUGCUGCUGUCGGCGACGCUGCUGUCGAAUCUCGCUUCGGCGGAACUCAAAACAGUUGACCACCGGCCGAGUCGUUUUUCGGCUCAGAUUGCGCACCACACCGAGCUUCCGUACAUCCGGGACCCGCCGGAGCCUCCAAACGACGUCCACGAACCGUUGCCCGAUUACUACGACACCUCGGAAUCGCCCAUCAAUGGUGACGACACAGCUUCGACUACCGAACGCCAAACCAACAACGAGGCCAAUGAGAUCCACGCUGCGGAUGGAUUGGGCGUUCCUGAUCCGCUUCGGCUUCCGGGACCCAACAACGCUGGAUCGGCUGCCGCAUCGCUCAUGGUGAGGAGCUCUACAAGGUCGACAACGACCCUCACGCCGUACGACCCGCCGAAGAAGCCACUACAGUACCAGGCGUUUCACAAGUUUGAUUACAGACACCCAUCCCCGAGGCCUUACUCCUUCGAGAGGGCUUUCAAGUGCGACUUCGAGAAACAUGCGUGCGGCAUGCGGAACCAAAAGAACAUCGGGCCGCACUUCCAGCUCUUCAACGGCAGCAUCGCAGACAGAACCGGGAGCUACAUGGCGGUGGACGCGCAGCGGGUUCCGGCUGGCGUGUCGCGACUGAUCACCCCAUACCUGCCGGGAUACCCGAACUCCAUGGUGUGCCUCCGGCUGACGUACCUGGUGCACGGCCCGGGCGCCGAGCGUAUUCAGGUGGUGGCCCAGGACGUCGGCAACCGGCCGCUCUUCUCUCUCGAGCGGCUCGCGGAUUUCGCCUGGAGGACGUUCGCCAUCAACAUGACCAUACACCAGGACGUGCGGUUCUUCAUCGAAGCCUACACGAACGCAAAGCCGGGCAUAGUUGCCUUCGACGACUUCACGUACAGUCUCUUUCCGUGUCGCUGACUGCUUCGCACCUCGUAAUGCGAUCGUUUCAUCUAAUUCCACGUGGACGCCGGAGGAUACGAGCGAUGGCGCUACGAACGUCGCUCGAGCCUGGUUUCACUGAGGAACGCGGAGACCCGUUUCAUCUAAUUCACUCACAUUGUUUGCGUUCACGUGAUUCGUUCGUUCUGUUUUGUAAAUAUGCUAAAACAUGUGUAUAUAAUAAACUAUCUCCGUCGUUUUCUCCGGA